CAAUGUAUUUUGGGACAUUUAAAGAAUAAAAUAAAGUGAAAAUUUUCUUAACUUACACAGGCCAAACAAAUUACAAAAGGUAUAAAACUGUUGUUUAAAACCCCAAAACUGUACAGUCUUUUGUAAAGACUUGAAAGGAUUACAACAUGAGAUUUCUUAUAGUAUUAGCUCUUCUUUGCUGUUGCUAUGCAGUUGAGCAAUCAACUCCAGCAACGCAACAAGGUGAACGUCUGCCAGCUCAACAUAUUAAGGAUUUUGUUGAGCAACAUAUUAAACAUGUUAAGCAACAGAUUCCUUUAGUGCAGCAACAAAUUAAGGAGGGAAAACUUAAGGUUGAAGUUGAGCAACCUAAAAUAAAUGGUCAACAAGUACCGCAACAUAUUAAGCAAUUUAUUCAGGCACACAUCAGUCAGGUCUUGCAACAUGUUGCCCAACAGAAGCAACAAAAACAGCUACACAUUCCUUUAGUAUCCACUCCCACUUUAGGUGUGCCACCAUUUGUGAUUCAAAAAAUUAAUAAACUACAGGAACAUGUUAAAAAUAUAAUGCAACAAGCGGAAAGUCAUAUUCCCCAAGUCAUUAGCCAACAAAGAAAACAACAACAAGAUCAACAACAAAAACAACAAAAUUCUGAAGUAGUUGUGAAAAAAGUUGAGCCCACCAUGGAAAUUCCCGAUAAAGUAAAUAAGGUUGUUCAACAAGUACAUCAACAUGUACCACAAGUUGUGGCACAUCAUGUAAAAACUAGAGCAAUCAAAGAGAAACCAGUUUCUCAGGUACCACAACAUGUUGCUGGACAAGGUAAAGUCCCUUCUCUAGUUGAAGAAAUUGUCAAACAAAUACAUUCUCAUGUACCGCAAGUUGUAAAGCAACAUGUUUCCAAGGUUCAUAAAAGAGAAGUGCAAGUUCCCGGUCAUGUUCAGGAAGUAGUUGAACAAGUUCAACAACAUGUUCCCCAAGUGAUUCAACAACAUGUUGGUGCAGCUGAAAAGAAGGUCGGACAAGAAACCGUUAUUCCUCCUAAAGUUCAAGGUGUUGUUGAACAAGUUCAUCAACAUGUACCCCAAGUAAUUCAGCAACAUCAACAAAAUCAAGUUCAAAAGAAACUUGGUCAAGAAUCAGUUAUUCCGCCUAAAGUUCAAGGAAUUGUAGAACAAGUUCAUCAACAUGUACCCCAAGUGAUAAAUCAACAUGUUAAUCAGAUUCAAAAGAAGGCGGGAGAAGAAACCGUUAUUCCUCCUAAAGUUCAAGGUAUUGUUGAACAAGUUCAUCAGCAUAUCCCCCAAGUACUUCAACAACAACAUUCGAACCAAGUCCAACAAAAAGCUGGACAACAAACCUUAAUCCCUCCUAAAGUUCAAGGAAUUGUUGAACAAGUUCAUCAACAUAUUCCCCAAGUAAUUCAGCAACAGGUCAAUCAAGUUCAAAAGAAGUCCGGUCAAGAAACCGUUAUUCCCCCUAAAGUUCAAGGAAUUGUAGAACAAGUUCAUCAACAUGUUCCCCAAGUAAUUCAGCAACAUGUUAAUCAGGUCCAAAAGAAAGUCGUCCAAGAAAGCGAUAUUCCCUCAAAAGUACAAGGCAUUGUAGAACAAGUUCAUCAACAUAUUCCCCAAGUAAUUCAGCAACAGGUCAAUCAAGUUCAAAAGAAGUCCGGUCAAGAAACCGUUAUUCCUCCUAAAGUUCAAGGAAUUGUAGAACAAGUUCAUCAACAUGUUCCUCAAGUAAUUCAGCAACAUGUUAAUCAGGUCCAAAAGAAAGUCGUCCAAGAAAGCGAAAUUCCCCCAAAAGUACAAGGCAUUGUAGAACAAGUUCAUCAACAUGUUCCCCAAGCAAUUCAGCAACAUGUCAAUCAAGUUCAGAAGAAGUCCGGUCAAGAAACCAUUAUUCCUCCUAAAGUUCAAGGAAUUGUAGAACAAGUUCAUCAACAUGUUCCCCAAGUAAUUCAGCAACAUGUUAAUCAUGUUCAAAAGAAGUCCGGUCAAGAAACUGUUAUUCCUCCUAAAGUUCAAGGAGUUGUAGAACAAGUUCAUCAACAUGUUCCCCAAGUAAUUCAGCAACAUGUUAAUCAAGUUCAAAAGAAGUCCGGUCAAGAAACCGUUAUUCCUCCUAAAGUUCAAGGAAUUGUAGAACAAGUUCAUCAACAUGUUCAUCAAGUAGUUCAGCAACAUGUUAAUCAGGUCCAAAAGAAAGAUGCACAUGAAAAGCCUGUAAUACCAGCUAAUGUCUUAGGAGUUGUUGAACAAGUUAAUCAACAUGUACCUCAAGUAAUUCAGCAACAUGCUGCUCAGGUUCAAAAGAGAGAAGUACAAGAGAAACCCGCAGUUCCGGGUAAUGUUCAAGGUAUUGUUGAACAAGUUCAACAACAUGUUCCCCAAGUAAUACAUCAGCAUGUCAGUCAAGUCCAAAAGAAUGUCGGACAAGAAAUAGUAGUUCCACCCAAAGUCCAAGGUAUUGUUGAACAAGUUCAUCAACAUGUUCCCCAAGUAAUUCAACAGCAAAAGAAAGUCGAACAGGAAACAGUCAUUCCUCCUAAAGUUCAAGGAAUAGUUCAACAAAUCCAUCAACAUGUACCGCAAGUUAUUCAGCAGCACGUCCAACAAGUUCAAAAGAAGAAUGGACAAAAACCCUCCCAAAUCCAACAUGUUCCACAAAUCGUAAGUCAACAUGUAGCUGUCGUUCAACAGAAAGCCGGUCAACAACAAUCUGCACUAAAUUCCCACAUCCAAAACAUUGUUCAACAAAUCCAUCAACACAUACCUCAAGUUAUCAAUCAACAUGUAGCUCAGGUCCAAAAGAAAACUGUAGUUCCUGAAAAGUCUUUACAUCAAAUCAUUAAUACCCAUGUUGUUCUGAAACAAAAUGCCAAAGUACCCACAGAUAUACAAUCAAUUACUACUCAAAUUCGUAAAAACGUAGCUCAAGGAGUACAACAACAAGUUAAAAAUGUUGUCGUUGAACCAUCACAUGUGCAACAGGUCCAAGAUCAAAAUCAUGUUGUUCCUGUCAGAUCAAUGUAAAUCAAUGUUUGUAAGUACUCUGACAUAAAUUGGAAAGCAAGUUAAAUGUCAUGUGCCCCUCACCACGAAAUGUCCAUUGAGAAAUUAAAUUUUAGAAUCCAUUUAAGAAAUCCCAUUUAAAAGAUUAUCCACUUCAUAAUGCCGUUUAUUCGUAUCUUCAUUUUAAACAUGCUUUACAUACAAAACGACUUGAAAUAAAAAGUAUAAUUCGUGAUUAUAAAGAAAAUAAA